UCAUGUCGGAGCCUGACGUGUUUCUGAACGCUGGGUGUCAAAAGUCCACCAACGAAAAGAAUGACCGAGUAAGAACCAGAGAGGAAUGGUCCAGGAAGAGAGAGUACAUUCUGUCCCUCCUUGGGUAUGCAGUUGGCCUUGGCUCACUUUGGAGAUUUCCCUACCUCUGUAACAGAAAUGGCGGUGGUGCGUUUCUCAUUCCCUACUUUGCUGGGAUUCUCACGUGUUCUGUUCCACUCUUCUUCCUUGAGGCUUCAAUUGGCCAGUUCUCCAGCAGGAGUGCAUUACAUGCUUGGUCCAUUUGUCCUUUGCUUAAAGGUAUUGGCAUCACGCAGGUUGCAGGAUGUUUAGCUGCAGCCUUGCCUUACAACCUCAUCAUUGCCUGGUCUAUUUACUACUUGUACCGGUCUUUCUGGUCAGUGUUGCCAUGGACAACAUGUGGCAACUGGUGGAACACGCCCCUGUGCAUCACUAAGCUUAGCAACAGCUCAUCAAUCACUGACGCCUACCUCACUAAUAGCACGGAGGAUCAUCAGCUACUCAACUCUUUAUGGCGGAAGCCCAAUGUAACGUUGACGGCGUCAGAGGAAUUUUGGCAGUAA